CAUUUCCCACUGUACAGAGAGCAGCAGCUGGUGCUGUACAAGUCCAGCCCUGGACCAUGUGUAGGCUUUCAAAUAGGCUUCUCCACCAAACCAUUGCUCCUUCAGUUCCUAUCCAAUUCCCAAACCCAUCUUUUCCCUGUUAAGGCUAUUUUUGCAAGCUCUUUAUCCCACUGUGACCAGAUUGUAUAAGUAGUCCAAAACUUAAGUGAUGGCCAGGAAAAAUUAAUGGGAAAACCCAACCUUUAGGUCAGCAUGCGCAACAGCAAAUGGAAAACGCAGCGGCUGAGCUGACAGAUCCCUGUAGCCUUAGGGGUAGCGACGUCGUAGCUGGACUUCAUUUCUAAAGAGACUGCAGCCAGCCAACUAGGACUCAAAGCAGCAGGAACUGAUGAUGAGAGGCCCAGCAGGCUUCCUGCUUUGCUCACUGCUGCUGGUGGCACCCCGUUGCACAGGGGUGGCUGCUGAAGAGGUGCAGCCCGAUCCCAAAAUGCCAUGUGCCAACUGGAUGGGAGGAGCACCCGGCUAUCCUGGCCACAACGGGCUCCCCGGCCGGGAUGGGAAAGAUGGAAAAGACGGACUAAAGGGAGAGAAAGGAGAGGAAGGUGUGCCAGGUCCCAAAGGCGACCGAGGUGAAACGGGAGUCCCGGGGCAGGAAGGGCCGAGGGGAUUUCCCGGAUACCCAGGGCAGAUGGGGAAGAAAGGUGAAAGCGCCUUCGUCUACCGCUCUGCCUUCAGCGUAGGGCUGACAGAGCGAGCCCCUCACCCCAACGUCCCCAUCCGCUUCAGCAAGAUCUUCUACAACGAGCAGAGUCACUACGAUGCCAGCACCGGCAAGUUCAUCUGCAACAUCCCUGGCGUGUACUACUUCGCCUACCACCUGACAGUCUACCUGACGGAUGUCAAGGUCAGCCUCUACAAGAAGGACAAGGCGGUCAUCUUCACCUACGACCAGUUCCAGAAGAACAAUGUCGACCAAGCGAGCGGCUCUGUCUUGCUGCACCUCAGCUCUGGGGAUGAGGUCUGGCUUCAGGUGUACGGGGAGGGGGACAACAACGGCGUCUAUGCCGACAACAUCAAUGAUUCCACUUUCAUGGGCUUCCUCCUGUACCCAGACCUGGAUGACCAUUAAAGCAGGGAGCGGUGCAUGGGAAAGGGUGAGGUGGCUUUAUCACAGAUGGCCUUCUAGGGCAUUGGCACUAUAGCUAUACUGUAUUUACCAGAAAAUUGCCUUUUGCAGGGGCAACGAUUGUCAAGGGUGGAACCCUAUACCCUGUGAAAUCUGGGAGAUUAUACAUGAGUGACUUCCAUGGGACAAAGAGUUCACUCCUACCUUUGUUCUUGCUCUCCUUGUGGAAACCUAGGCCCAAAGUCAAACAGCAGUGCUGUUACAACACACAGGAGUCACUCCCAAGAUGGCCUCUUUCUUUAAAUUUAAAAGUGAGGAAAGAAAAACUGGUUCCAUUUAAAUGUCACAUUCUAAGUUUCCCUUUUUUAGCCACCUAAAUUAAUUUAAAGCAGCAGUACACAUUUUAGCCAGCAUUUUAAAAUCUGCAUAGAAGAGGGAGAAGACUGUUCAUGAAAGUCAGCUCUGCUCUUGUUUUCAGCUGGAACAGAUGGCUGUAUUUUUUCCAUCAUAACUCCCUGUGUUAUUAGGGCCUUUGACUUCCACCCAUCGUUCGUUGUCUGCCUUCUUUAGCCCAGACCUUUACAUAUAUUUAGAUUAUUAACUUUCAUUUAUUUUCAUAUUUUUAUUUUCUUUUUGGGUUUCUCUCCUUUUAGCCUCUCUAAUGUAGACAGCAGGCUUGUUUACAGCAAGGAUCUUCUCUUUUGAUUUCUCUGAAAACCCUUAUGGAGGCUGGUGAGGCCACACAACAAAAUUUGACCAUUGAUCAUGUGGCUUUGGGGGUCCUGAGGUAAUCACAGAUGUGUUGGCCACACACUUGUGGUGCUCAGAAACGUCAGCAGCUCCCUGGCAAACACAUUACCUGACUAGGGAGCAGAAGGCUCCUCAAGGCUCCUGGGCAGAGGGAACCUUGUGGAAGUGUCCCUUCUCAAGUCACCUACUGGGUGCUAGAAGUGAUGGCACCAGCAUGGGGCACAUGAGCAACAUCUUAAAGUUUUGAUCUGCAAGCUGGCAAGAUCCUGUCCCAGUUUCCCUCUGAAUAGCUCGCAAGUGCAGUGAGAAGUGAGAUCUAGCAACCGUGUUCCUACUUUUCCGCACCAUAAGUGGGCCAUAAGCAAUGGUUUCCAUACUAGCUGGACAGAGCUUCAGGUAAUGGUGCAACCUGCUAUAUUGAGUGGACUGCUGGGAUGAAUAUCCCCAGGACCUACUCAAGCUGUUGGCAAAGUUACCUUAAUGGGAGAAGAGUAUUAAGACUGGGAUUAGUAGCAAUCCCAUCAAACUGCUCUCCAAGGAGCUUGCUUGACUUUUAGCUAAAAGAGGAUUUGAGGGUUUCUCAGAUACAUUUGAAGAAGACUCCCAUUAAGCUUCAGGGAAAGCUACCACAGAUCAGAGCUAAUGCAUUAUUACAAGCACAAAACAGCAUUAAGAGCUUCAACUGAAAUUACUUCCAACAGCAGCAUUUUCUACACUCCAUUGAAUUACCACAUUACAAAUAACAACAACAAUAAAAAACUCUCUCAAUGA